AUGGCGCCGCCCGACUCCAUCUCCACGCGCUCCUCCCUCCCCCUCGCCGCUGCGCCCAUGUCCGACCCGACCCCCUUCCCCUCCGCUGCGUCGCCGCCUCCAAACCCGCUCGCUGCCGCCGCGUCCUUCCUCCAGCACCACCUCUCCCGCUUAGCUUCCCACCUGAACGCCCCGCGCCCCGCCCUCGCCGCCGCGGCCGCGCGCACGCCGGGCCCCCAGGGCACCUCCCUAUCUCUCGCGCUCGCGCCCGAUGAGGUCGCGCGCGCUCUCACCGGCACUCCCGUCUUCACUGUCUGCAACUCCAGCAACGAGUUUGUGCUCGUCUCCGACCCUGCCACCGGCCUCCGCUCCCUCGGCCUCCUCUGCUUCCGUUCGGAGGACGCCGACGCCCUCCUGUCGCAUGUGAGGACGCGGCAACCGAUGCUAGGGAAGGGGGCAAAAGUGGUGCCUAUUACACUUGAUCAGGUCUAUAUGUUGAAGGCUGAAGGUAUUGCAUUUCGGUUCUUACCCGACCCGCUUCAAAUAAAGAAUGCACUGGAGAUGAAAUCGGGCUUAACUGCUUUUGAUGGUGUUCCUGUUUUUCAGUCAGAUCUUCUGGUUGUGAAGAAGCAGAAGAAGCGCUACUGUCCAAUAUAUUUUCAAAAGGAAGACAUAGAAAGAGAACUUACAAGGGCUUCCAAAGGUUCAAGAGGGUCAGCCUUGUCUAAGCAAAUUAUGGUUGGGAGUUUGGAGGAUAUCCUGAAGAAAAUGGAGAUAAAUGAGAGGAAUUCUGGCUGGGAUGAUUUAAUCUUUAUACCCCCUGGGAAGAGCCUCAACCAACAUAUCAAUGAGGUUACACAAGCAGAUUUGACGAAGAGCUCCGGCAAUACGUCCUCGUCCCCAGUGAACGCUCACCACGACCUGCUCCUCGGCGGGCUUCUCUCGCCAGACUUCGACGCAGCGACGUGCCUCAGCCGGUACGAGGCGUCCAAGCGAUGGAAGACGCCGUCGCCGUUCCUGGUCUCCCCUUACCUCGUCCAGAAGCUGAGGCAGUACGAGUCGAACCAUCGGCGGUGCGGACUGGGCACCGCGAACUACCGCGAGGCCAUGGCGCAGCUCACGUCCGGCCGCAACGGCGACCGCGCCGAAUGCAGGUACGUGGUGUGGUUCCCCAUCCAGGGCAUGGGCAACCGGAUGCUCAGCGUCGUCUCCACCUUCCUCUACGCGCUGCUCACCGGCCGCGUCCUCCUCGUCUACGAACCCCCCGAGAUGGAGGGGCUCUUCUGCGAGCCGUUCCCGGGGACCUCGUGGAUCCUGCCGCCGGACUUCCCCUACAAGGACGUCUUCUGGGUCGGCUCAAGUGACAGCUACCUGCACAUGCUUGAGAACAACGUCGUCCGCUACGACGAUAGCGGCGGCGGCGGCGACGCCAACGCGCUGCCGCCCUACGUCUACUUCCACCUGGAGCAGAUACAGCUCCGGCUCCAGAAUCACACGUUCUGCGAGGAGGACCACCGCGUGCUCGACAGGUUCAACUGGAUGGUGCUCCGGUCAGACAGCUACUUCGCCGUGGCGCUGUUCCUCAUGCCCAUGUACCGGGCCCAACUGGACCUGAUGUUCCCGGCGAAGGCGUCCGUGUUCCACCACCUCGGCAGGUUCUACGACGGGUACCUCGCCGGCGCCGACGAGCGUCUCGGCAUACAGGUCCGCCUCGCGCCGUUCCUUCCGCUCACAUUCGAGGUCAUGUACGAGCAGAUCACCCGGGGCACACGGGAGCAUGGCCUCCUGCCACAAGUGACCGACACCAGCGAGCCGGGUGCCCGGCCGUCCAACGGCACGGCGGCCAAGGUGAAGGCCGUGCUGGUGGUCUCCCUGAAGCCGGAGUACUACGACAAGCUGCACAGCGUGUACUACACCAACGCGACGGCGACCGGCGAGGUUGUCACGGUGUACCAGCCGAGCCACGACCAGGACCAGCACUCAGAGGCGCGGGAGCACAACGAGCGCGCCCUGGCCAAGAUCUUCCUGCUCAGCUACUGCGACAGGUUGGUGACCACGGGGUUCUCGACGUUCGGCCACGUCGGCGCGACUCGCUGGCUGGGCUGCGACCCUGGCUGCUGA